AUGGAGGGAACGGACAGCCAUCUCCAUCACCAUGUGGAUCCGAGCGCGUUCCCCGACGUAAUGAAUGACCCGGCUUACGACGAAAGGGAAAAGGGUUUCGACGACUUGGAUACUUGUCGCAUAUGUCACGGCGAGGCAACGGCCGAGGAGCCACUGUUCUAUCCCUGCAAGUGCAGUGGUAGCAUCAAAUUCGUACACCAAGUCUGCCUGGUGGAAUGGCUGUCUCACUCGCAGAAGAAACACUGCGAGCUCUGCAAGACCCCAUUCCGGUUUACCAAGCUUUACGACCCGAACAUGCCCCAGAGCCUACCCGCACCCUUGUUUGUGAAGCAAGCCUUGAUUCAAUGCUUCCGGACCUUGUUGACGUGGAUGCGAUUCAUUCUUGUCGCUUUUGUCUGGCUAGGAUGGCUACCGUGGUCCAUGCGCGCAAUCUGGCGAGCAUUGUUCUGGCUUGCGGAUGGUCGCUGGUCCGCGACUGAACAGGCUGCACAAGCUGCCAAGGGAGGGCUGAAUCAACUAGCCACAAACGGCAGUGCAAAUGCUGCCGCGACUAACUCGAUCUCAACAAUUGCCAGUGCGGCGACUUCAUCAACACCCGCACCAUCUGCAUCCUCAAUCAUCGGCCUCGCUUCCGGGGAACCGAUGAUGCUUACCGUGAUAAAGAAGAUUGUUCCUUCUCUAUUCAUGCCUGCAUUUACUUCCAGUGCCGGACAAGGGAGCGCUGAGAUGAACUCCACGGCUAGCUCAACUAAACCACGAUACCCCUCCUGGCUUUCGGACGUGAAAUUCUUGACCACGCUGACGCCGUAUCCCACGAUUAACAACAUGAUAAUAGACACAUUGGAAGGACAGCUGAUAACGCUCCUUGUGGUCGUCGCAUUCAUUCUGCUUUUCCUCAUUCGAGAGUGGGUUGUUCAGCAGCAGCCCAUGGCAAACAUUGCCGAAGGAGAGCGCGAGGCAGCUCUUCAGCUAAUUGCGAAUGCAAACAACCGUAUUAAUGAGCGGUUCAACGAAGAAGGUGGAUUUGGGGAUCCCGCGCCACUUCCUGCGCAGCCUGAAAAUCAAGCCCACGCUGUGCACGCCGAUGCUCAUGAGCUGGAAGAUGAUCAUUUACCUGGCUAUGCCCCUGCGUCCCCAGCUCCAUCGUGGACUGACUCCGAGGAUGGACUUCUUGACUUUGAGACAGAAUCGAGAGAGCAUGCUUUGGACCACGAAGAUGAAGCAGAGGGUUCUGCUCCAACAGCUCGGGCUUUGGCCUUCCGAGACCUAGUGGCUCGUACUCAUGGCGACCAUGAUGAGAUGUUGCGUAUCCUUCGAGAGGAGGCCCACGGCGACGAUCUUGACUGGAUCGUCAAUGCCAUGACUGGAGCCACCAUUGACCGGGAUGCACCAGCAGGACCAUUAAAUCAACCUCGCGACACAGAUGGUGUACUCGAAGCUCCCGAUAACGGCGAAGGAAGUGCCAAUGCUCACCUCGAGGCUGAGUCUGCUCAAGCAGAGCCAACAGACGGACAAGCUACCCCUGUUGUCAUUGAGCAACCACACGAUCGACCCCCACGCGCUCUUUCAGAGCGAAUCAUUGAUUGGUUCUGGGGUGACAUCACACGUUGGGAGCGCGACACAGAGGAACCGGUACCCGAGGACGAAGAGCACAUUGUUCAAGACCCAGCUCUAGAAGACCCCUUCGUGCCUUUGCCAAACAGGGUGGUAGAUGAGCCAGGCGAUGCUGAAGCUGACGCUGCCGCGGCCGCAGAAGCUGGGCUGGAUCCCAACGACCUGGAGGCAGCUGACGGCGAUGACUUCGAAGGGAUCAUGGACCUUAUUGGCAUGCAAGGCCCCAUUUUCGGGCUGUUCCAGAACGGUGUUUUCUGUGCCCUUCUUAUCGCCUUUACAGUGGCCAUCGGCAUCUGGCUUCCUUAUCUCUGGGGUAAAAUUGCCCUCGUGCUGCUCGCCAACCCUCUGGAACUUCUUGUUGGCGUCCCUCUCACAGCCGCGGAAGUCGUUGCCGACGUCGUCCUUGAUACCCUCAUCGGCGUCGUUGGUUACGUGAUGUACUCGUUCAGCUUUGUGUUCAAGAUUAUCUUGAGUCCGCUCGGCGGUCUUGUCCCGUUGGGCGAAUGGAUCCCGCAAGACAACUCAGUCACCAGUGCAUCGCUUUCCCUCAUUGAUGCCAGCAGCCGCCGACUGAACAAGGUGAUCAAGGCAUUCCUGGUGUUUCACGAAUCUGAUAUCCCCAUGUUCUCAGUCCUCUCCCACCAAGCUCUUAAGCUGCACCAGGCUCGUCUUGCCGCCAUAGCUCACUCCAUCUACGUCACCGCAAAGUUCAUCGUGCAUGACAUCCCAUUGCGAAUCGUAACCCUUGGUGUACCAGGGGCGUUGAAGUUCGAAUUCGAUACUAGCUAUCUCAAGCAUUACACCGCUCAAGUUCAACAACAAUUUGUUGACUUUGCCAAUUCAUCGCUCUUCGCCCUUCCCGGAAAGAGGUUGAUGAGCGCAAGCGCCGCUAAAGCCGCCUCAGCGGGAACGCCCGUUGAUUAUGAGUUGGCUGCAUGGGACUCCAAGGAUCGCGCCAUCGCUAUCCUGAUGGGCUAUGUUCUCGCGUCGAUGAUCGGCCUUCUCUAUCUACGGAUUUCUGGGCUGCUUGCUGGGGCAAAUCGUGGACAGAGAAUUGAGGGCGUGGUUGCCGAAGUUCUGAUUCAAGCUGGUGGGGUGAUGAAGGUCAUUCUCAUCAUCGGAAUUGAGAUGAUUGUCUUCCCUCUUUAUUGUGGCAGUCUUCUCGAUCUAGCUUUGCUUCCUCUCUUCUCCGAAGCUACGGUGGUCUCUCGUCUUGCCUUCACGGCUUCGUCCCCUCUCACAUCACUCUUCGUGCACUGGUUCGUCGGCACUUGCUACAUGUUCCACUUUGCCUUGUUUGUUUCCAUGUGCCGAAAGAUCCUGAGAAGUGGUGUUCUCUACUUCAUCCGCGAUCCUGAUGAUCCGACUUUCCACCCAAUCCGGGACGUUCUUGAGCGAAGUAUCACCACCCAACUUCGCAAGAUUGGGUUCAGCGCUCUUGUCUAUGGUGCACUAGUCAUCGUCUGUCUUGGAGGUGUUGUCUGGGGCUUACAUUUUACCCUUGAUAAUGUGCUCCCGAUCCACUGGUCGGCCAGUGCGCCGAUGCUCGAGUUCCCAGUUGACCUCCUGUUUUACAAUUUUGUGCUGCCAGUGGUCAUCCAGUCCUUUAAACCUUCGGAUGGAUUGCACGAGCUGUACGACUGGUGGUUCCACAAAUGCGCCCACUUCCUACGCCUCAGCAACUUCUUCUUCCCCGAACGACACAUCGAGGAGGAAGGAUACCAUGUACGAAAGUCAUGGUGGGGCGUUCUGUCAAGAAGCAAGGGAGAUUACAACAAUCCUGUUAUCGGCGCCGAUCAACAAGCUGCAGCCGAGCAGGGGAAUCAUGAUGCCUAUUUCGUCCGCGAUGGCCGCUACGUCCGAGCACCUGGCUCCGAUCAAGUCCGUAUUCCAAAAGGCAACCGCGUGUUCUUGGAUGUCACGGAGAACAACGAGCGUGUUGACGGAAAGCCUGAUCUUGCCGAUGGACUUCAUGGCCGGACUAGUAACAUGUUUACUAAAGUUUACAUCCCCCCCUCCUUCCGCACUCGUAUCGCUGCUUUCAUUCUUCUGAUCUGGUUGUUUGCCGCUACCACUGGGGUAGGCAUCACUAUUGUUCCCCUCAUCAUUGGCCGGAAGAUCAUCAUGUCCUACUCAUCCAACGAGGCCCCGGUGAACGAUGUCUAUGCCUUCUCUAGCGGUCUUUGUGUGGUCGGUGCGUUAGCCUAUAUGGCAUACCAUUCGCGCAGUGCUUUCAAUGCCGCGCGCGCCCACUCAGGUCUCUACCUUCGCUCUCCACUUCAAGCCGGACAAGUGACACUGGAAGCUGCGAUGCACGUCGCUCGGCUUCUAUACAUCGUUACCGUUGCCGUUCUCAUACUCCCAUCGCUCUUCGCGCUUCUUACUGAACUCUACAUUCUGAUUCCUGCUCAUACUCUGUUCGGUGACGGAGAAUCCCACGUGGUGCACGUGGUCCAAGAUUGGGCACUUGGGGUUCUGUAUGUCCAGAUGGCCCUCAAGUUGACCGUCUGGCAGCCUCAUUCCUGGGCCGCUGCUGUCCUUAACGGUAUCACCCGGGAUGGCGUACUGCAUCCCCGAGCGGGCCUUGCUACCCGAGCGCUGGUUAUCCCUUUUUUCCUCUUCACCAUCCUGGCCGUCACAUUGCCCCUGUCCUUUGGUGUGAUUGUGCGCUGGUCCUUCUUCUAUUCCAGCGCUGGAGUGGAGCCCAACAUCUAUCGUUACGCAUAUCCAGCCACGCUACUGGCCGUGCUGUCGGUAUGGCUUUCCCACUUGGUUCUUCGCCGAGUGGCCGCUUGGCGUACCAAUAUCCGCGAUGAGGUGUAUCUCAUUGGUGAACGCUUGCACAAUUUCAGUGAGAAGCGGGCGCGGGAUGUCGGCGUUUCGCGAGUGAUGACUGGAUGA